UCGGUUACGUUCAGCAGCGUCACAUGACAACGUCUGCAUCGACCGCCCGCAGCUGCAGAGUCUUCGUCUCGUAACAUACAAAGUUGUUUUAAACGGUGCAGUGGUCGAGAAUUUUUCGCCCGAGAGUGUGACGCGUGAAUUGGAGUAACAGUAUCCGACCACUAAUUCCUCAACCAUGGCUCUCAGCGACUCUGACGUUAAAAAACAGAUCAAGCACAUGAUGGCGUUCAUCGAACAAGAGGCAAACGAAAAGGUGGAAGAAGUCGACGCCAAGGCUGAGGAAGAGUUCAACAUUGAGAAAGGUCGCCUGGUUGCUGAGCAGCGACUCAAAAUCAUGGACUACUACUCACGCAAGGAGAAGCAGGUAGAACUGCAGCGAAAGAUCCAGAGCUCCAACAUGCUGAACCAGGCACGGCUCAGGGUCCUGAGGGAAGGCGAGGGGCACAUCUGUAAGGUGCUCGAGGACGCUCGCCGCCAUCUUGGUGACAUCACCAACGACGAGACACGAUAUCGGGAGCUGCUCGAGAAGCUCGUCCUGCAGGCGCUGCUGCAAUUGCUCGAGACAGAGGUGACUGUGUACUGCCGACCAAAGGAUAAGAAACUCAUCGACACAGAUACUGUCGCGCGGAAGUACCAGGCAAUUACGUGCCAGACAGUGCAUUUGUCCGUUGAAGGGAAUCUCUCGGAAAACAUCUGUGGUGGAGUGGAGUGUGUGUCCAAGAGGGGGCGCAUUCGCGUCUGCAACACUCUUGAGAAGCGUCUGGAAAUGAUCUCGCAGCAGCUGCUGCCACAGGUCCGCACAGCACUCUUUGGGAGAAACCCCAACCGCAAGUUUAAUGACUAGGCUAGCCUCCGGGGCUUAAACGAUCAUCUCCCAUGUAGUCAGGACUUUGUGUUAGUGUAGUAUAGUAUUGCGUGGGCUUGAGAGCCCCGCUCGAGCAUCUUCGAUAUUGCUCGAGCUGCAUGCAGCAUCUGGGUGCCGCUUCGUGCUGGCUGCCGCUGCAUUGUGGGCUGCUGCACGCAUCUUUGAACCCUAUAACGGUUUCUGUAUUGUUGCAAAUUAAUGUAUCAACAUGUUUCUUGUUACCCAUAUUGCUACGAAUCAAUGUAUCUACACAUUUCUUUUUCGUUGUAGCUUCGUUUCAAUAAAAUGUUGCAGCAAUGCCAACAAACUUGCUGCGAAAAGAGCA